UUCGAAUGACCAACCGGUGUAUUAUCUGUAUAAAGAUGAUGUUUGGAAAGCUGGUGUCAAGGUCGGUAGAGACAGCCAGCAUACAGUGGGUAUGACGACAGCGCUGGGGAAGCUGCAUCCUUCACACGUGUUCUCCCUGUACAUACAAAUCUGGUGGCCCUAAUGUAAAUAGAGCUAUUAUGACAACAUAUGGUGGCCGUCAAUACAGUAGACAGCGACGCUCACUUCAUCAAGCGGAAGGGUUUCAAAUAGACCUACUGCUUAACAUCGUCUAUUUAUAAACAUUCCUGAAGAGGGAUUCAUUUAAUGAAAUGAAGAAAAUACAACAUGUUUUAAUAUUAAUUGUGUCCAGAUUGGAGUAUUACAUUAACUUCUACUAAUCGUUUCUACAAUGGAGUAUUGUAUUAAAUUCUAAGAGUGAUCGACAGUGACUUUACAGAGACAUGCAGGUCGUGUAUAGUGGGGGAUCCACCCCGAGUCCCUCCCCUCGACUCCACCGUAAACAAUACACCGGGUACGGACGCCCUGUCCAACCCGGGUACGUGUUAGGACCGCCACCGGUAACUACAAUACACCAUAGUCCCUCCCGGGAGAAGAAUCAUCCCCUCGAGGAGGACGAUUCGAGUUUAAGAGAUUCAAUACCAGUGAUGAGCAAGCCAUUGGCUGUCACCUGUCUCGUCUGUAAUAUAAUACUCCCAGGUUUAGGAACGUUCAUAUCCGGCCUAUCUAUCCUGUGUUGUACGAGAGCCAAGACGAAAGAGACGAGCAAGAAGAAAAUUGUCCUCGUUAAUACGUGGGUGGCCUUUUUACAAUUCAUAACCGCCUUUAUCCUACUCCUGGGAUGGAUAUGGAGCAUCAUGUGGGGCGUGGCUUUCAUGUCAAUAUCAGAUCAACAUUACGAAAGGUUUCACUGUGAUAAUAAUCGGAAAGGACCGGACAAAGUGAAAGAGGAAGCUACAAAAACAGAGAAAGAGGAACUCUCACCACAUAAAGAGAUUUCACAGAUGGAGCCCCCAAGCUCCCCUAAACUUAAUCCCAUUCCACCAUUCACAAACACGGCGCCGUCAACUAUCACGGGAUCAGUGUCCGAUACACAACUGCAUCCAAUCAUUGUACUGCAAGAAAUCCCUGUUGUCAACCAAUCAGAAUCGACAUUAUAUCCCGCGCGACCGAUUUUGAAUGCUAGAACGAGGCACCAAAAAAUCCUUCGUCGUCAGAUGUCGGAUAAUGACUUAUCUCCCUUUAGUCUGACGCAGGAGCAAUUACAGGAGAUUGUUAUACAUGCCGCCCCCGUCAAUCGGAGGCGGGGUCUCCCGAGGGGAGACAGCACCACAUCGGAACCCUCCGCCACAGGUACAACACUCAUCAACGUCGCCGAGAAAUAGUUCUCGUUUAAUAUUGCUACAUAUUCCGGAGCAAACAUUAUAUAACAUGUAGAUACAUAUGUACGUAUUCGAAAGUGUUAUGUCGCGCUAAUAUGGCGGAUAUAUUUAUCUUAUUUAUACUUGUGUUAAUUGUGUAUAUAUAUAUGUAUGUAUCCGAUAUGUAGAUCACUGUCACUACCGACGGACAUCGAGAAGUCGUAGAGACAAAGUGUUGAUUCGCAAGAGAACAGAGUAGAGCAAAUUGGUACAAUGAUACCUUAUCGGCUUAGGUUGUAUCGCGGAAAUGUCGUCGAAAUAAGCCGUUCUGGCCAUGGUUCGAGAUUGUUUAAUGCCAUUAUGGGUUUCAAAAUAAAGCGUUCUGGUCAUGGCUCAGGUUGUUUCAAGGAAGUGUCCAAAUAAGCCGUUCUGGACGUGACUCGAGUUGUGUCGAUGGAUUGCCAAAAUAAGCCGUUCUGGACAUGGCUUGUCGCCUUUUAUACAUUCCAUCAUGAUCGUUACUUAUCAACACCGUGUCCCACACGCUGAUAGUUUUGAAGAAAAAAAACCCAGUAAUAUUAAUUCGUUAAUCAAUGUUUAGUGGUCUUUAAUUCCAACACAAGGACAAUGAGAACACAUUCGGAUAGUUAACAAGUUCAACACUUAACCAGUUUGUUCUACGGGAGAUAACUCCCAUAAUAUUUAUUAAAUACAGUCGAGUACAAUG